AUGGCUCAGUUUCUUAUUGAUCUUACGCGUGAUGCAGUCCAUAACACGGCCCUUCGUCUGCUCAACAGUCUUGUAUGUCUCGCAGACAAGGACGCAUCGGGGAGGACCCGAGAGCCAAAGCGAGCCAUCAUCUUCGUGGCCUAUGACCUUGGGGCUUUGAUCCUCAAAAAGGCUCUUUCAAUAGCAGAAAGGGAUAGAUACGAAUGGCCAGACACUUUUACAAGCUCAUCUCGAGUGGUAUUCUGUGGCGCUCCACAGCGCAGUAAUAGUCUCUUCACCAUGGAAUCGAAGUUAUAUGAGUUUCUCCAUGACCACAAAAACGAACCCUGGUUUCAUAUGCUCACGCCAUCAUCCAUUCGAGGGCUCGCUCAGGCUGCACUGGAGUCGACGGAUGAGUUCCUCAGCUCAAAAUUUACCUUGCGGGGGCGCAUCCUCUUUGACGAGGCGAUGGCGACUUUGGGCGUGCCACUCGAAGAUUCACUGGACGAUAUGUCUCCCUUUCUAGCUGCUGAAAUAUGCUCGCUGGUUCACCAGUGGGUGCCCGACCCGGAUCAGGUUGCCGCCGAGCAAACACUCCUUUCGCUAGCAGUCCCUGAUCGCCAAUUUGAAUAUGUUUUAGGUAACGCACAUGCUGCAAGAAUAUUGCUUAAUCAUGGCGCGGAUCCUAUGCUGGUUUGGGAUAAAGAAUGUCGUUCUACCUUGAUGAGUGCUUCCAAUGGGGGACAUGUUGACGUGAUUGAACUACUCCUCUCCGAAGCGCCCUCACUACUUCGAAUGGGACACUCAACGGAGGCCCUUCAUGACUUGGGUUCCAAGCAGCUGUGUACGCCACUUAUCAUGGCGUCGCUUACCGGGCAUUGGAAGGCAGUGACAACUCUUCUCAACGCUGGAGCCGAUCCAGACCCCGAUACUGAGCACGAAGAAGAAGGAGGAGGUUCUUCGCUUUCUCCUCUUUGUUUGGCUAGCCUGAAUGGAUGGUUACAAACAUCCAAAGCACUUCUUGAAAAUGGCGCCGAUGUAAACAGGCCAGGCGCUUAUAACGAGGGCACCGCUCUAUGGUGCGCCGCCAACUUUGCUGCAAGCGUUCCGUGUUGCCGGGCGCUCCUUGCUCACGGAGCAGAUACGAGUACCGGGGGUCUACCUCUCAUGAUUGAACUCGUUACUUCGAGCAUAUCCAAAUCAAAAAGACCUACCGAAGACAUCAUUCCAGUUUUGGAGGUAUUCGUAGGCCACAGUCCACCCCUUGACAUCAAUGAGACCGAUGCGAACGGUUCAACGGCUCUAAUGCAUGAGCGGCGCAAAUGUUGGGGCUGUGGACGACGAGGGCAAAGCCCCUUGUCCUAUGCCGUCGAGGCCAGUCGCUUUGACGUGGUCGAGGAGUUGCUCAACUGGAAGCCGAAGCCGAUCCAGGUAACCGCCACAGUCCUGCAGAGGGCUUUCGAAGGGGGUGAUUUGACCCUGCUUGAGAGGCUUCUCGAGGCCGGAGCAGACCCUGACUCGCCCCUUGAGUCUGGCAGAACGCUCAUGCGAUUAGCUAUACAGGCUCGUAAUGCCCAUGCUGUGGAGAUGCUGAUCAAGUGGAAGGCGGACAUCAACCGCCUUGAUAAAUUUAGAUGGAGCCCUCUAUACUAUGCCGUCGGCCAAGUCCACGAUGCCAAGAUAGCGAGACUACUAGUAGAUUGCGGCGCCAAUGCGAGUUAUAUACUCCCGGAUACUGGAAGGAACCUUAUGCACAUGGCCAUGGAAGCAGACUCAGACAUUAUCCGUAUCCUGUUCGAAUUUCCCAAAGCCGUCGAUAUAGACCACCGCGACCAUUUUCGCAACACGCCUCUCAUGAUGGUGAACAACCCGAAGGCUGAUUGCGUCAGCCUGUUAGUCAAGGCCGGAGCUGAUACCAACGCUCAAAAUUCGGAUGGAGCCACACCACUGAUGAAUGCUGUUACGUACGGCGCGGCAUCUGAAGUUAUCGAGAUUUAUUUAUCUCAGCCUCAGCUGGAUCUAAACUUUUACUCAAAGUCCCACGGCAGCGCGCUGCACCUUGCUUGUCGCAUGGUCAACGUCGAAAUCGCUAGAAGGUUGAUCAGAAUUGGGUCUAACAUCAACCAGCACCUGCCAGUCCCGGCUUGCUCGCCACUUAUCGCCGCUUGUAUGCCAUUCAAAAAUGUGAGCCCAGAGAAGCUGAGAAGCGCCGAUCACAUCGUGAGCGCUCUGAUCCGCAACGGCGCUGAUGUCAAUUCCACGAGCAAGGCGACUCGAGACGCCUUUUAUAAUGCCCUGGCCACGGCUGCUUUCUGGAGCAGACCAUCCACCCUUGAGAUUCUCCUGGGUGAGGGCGCGGAUGUCGAUGCGCGGGAUCCCCUAGGCCGACAGGCGAUUCACUUUGCUGCCGCCAACGGUGUAAGCAACCUUCGCGCCGUGAUGCGGUUUUUCCAGGGAAGCUCUGCGAUAGCGGACAACUCCAGGAAGACGGCUCUGCACUGGGCUGCGCAGUUCGGGCGUUUGCAGGCACUGAAGCUUCUUUUAUCAACAAUGAGCCCGGAUGAGCGGAUAAGACAAGUUAACAAGCCUGAUAUCGACGGCUGGACGCCUCUCUGCUGGUCGAUGCGGAACUCGCGCCUAAAAUGGGACGGGAUGUCCGAACCGUUUGAAUACAAGGGCGUGGUUCAGUACCUCCUCCAGAAAGGUGCGGAUGCGUCCAUUCGGUGUUGGUUGGGCGAAGGCAAGGAUAAAGAAAGCUUCACACUGCUCCAUCUCGCCCAUCUGCAUAAUGUCGAUAAGGAGAUCAUUGCUCUCAUCCGAGAUGCCCUGAGAGAUGGGACAGACACUUCUACAUGGCAAAGAGGAUUGGAAGAAGAGACUUUCAGCCCAUAUAAGCCUCGCAUCUGGAUUUGUGGCAUCUGCCUCGGUCAAAUCUAUGGACUCGACUAUGUUUGCAAGACGUGCGCAGAAUUUCACGUUUGUAAAAAGUGCCACGGCCGUAUAGAUAGGUAUCACAUGCAUUUUGAAGAUGAUAAUGGGCCGUUGCCGCCGCAUAUCUUCGAGGUCGACGAUGAUGUGGAGUUUAUUGACCCGUUGGAUGUAGUGGCCACAGGGAAAAAUGCGAAUAGUAGGACGAGAAACGAAGACGAAAUGGACAUUGACGAGAACGAAGCUGGCAUUAAUUGGCGGGUUGACGAAAAAAAUUUCUGGGAAUUUACUUAA